AUUUAUAUAUAAUGGAAAGUCAAAGAGAAGACCAUUUCAGUUUGGUGGGGAUAAAAAUGGUGGCCUGGUUAAUCUUAUUACAGAAUAUUAGGGAGUUGACUUGGACGGAAACUUCACAGAAGUACAGGCUUGCAUGCAAUAACAUGUGCAAAUGAAGACUGAAUAUCUAUGGCUAAUAAAUCGUGGAGGAAUUGAGGUAUAUUAAAGAAAAAAUCGAUUUUGGUACGAGAAUUGAUAAAUCGGCCUGCUGCAAAUCAAGACUUGGUCAUCUAUAGCUGGUUUUUGGUAUAUAUUUAAUUGCAGAAGCUUACAUUUGGUUGUUUCUUGUGAUUCUCUUGGUUCUAUCACUACAUGCUUGACAAAUGGAUAACAGUGAACCGCAAAACGAAAUGAAUGAUCACAAUAUAAAUAUUCGCCUAAAUUUAGUCUUAAAUCUUCACACGAAAAAGACGAACUUCUAUUUCUUUUUGAUUGAUUUUUUUGCCAGCGUGAGGAUUGAAAAAGAAGAUGGAAGAGCCAUCGGAGUACUCAAAACAUUUUAGUCAUGAACAUUCACUAGAGUACGUCAAAUCGAGUUAUGAUGGAGAUUGUAUUUGUUCGGGAUGUGAAAUUACUAUUACGCCCAACAAAUUCUUCUAUCACUGCAGAGAUUGCAAAUUCUCCCUCCACAGGGUAUGUUACGGUAUGCCUAAAAAGGUCAUGCACCCCGCGGACCCGCACCAUCACCUCACCCUGUUGUCACCCUCGUCGCUCACAGACCAAUCAAAUGAAUGCGGAGCUUGUGGAAGGUGCAUUAAUGGCAGCUUCUAUUACACCUGCAGAAAAUGCUGUAUUUACUUUCACAUGUUGUGUGUAGCAAUGCCUCUAUCGAUGAAAAUUCCGAUUUCGCACCCUCAUGUACUCAAGCUGGAGAUGAAACCUCCGUACGGUUUCAAGUGUGGUUUGUGUGACAGAGGUAGCUGUAGCGGGUGGCUUUAUCGUUGUCGGUUAUGUGAGUUUGACGCACAUGUUUCAUGUGCCGUCACUUACAAUAAGUAUGACAGCAUGGGCGAUGAUAAAUAUUCUCACCAGGAUGAAUUGAUGGAGCUGCUUUCGCAGGGAAUGAAGGGCAUUAUCGUCAACGAGGAAAAAGUUCUCGAUCAGGAACAGAUUCAACAGUCGGAUCAGUCGAUCUUGAUUUCUGAAAACUUCACUUUGCCAAGUUAUAAUUUCAGCGAUGCGUGUUUUUCUAUCGAUAUUGUGAAGCCUAUUGCUGUAGAGGGAAAGACAAACGAGGCUUUGAAUUAUCGAGUUAAGCAAUAUAUUAAUGAAAAAUUUGAUGCAUUGGAUGCAACUAAUGAUGGGAUGAAGUCGAAAGAUCAGACAGCAGAAAUAGAGAAUGUGAUUUCGAGGCGUCCGUUUUGGUGUAAACUUUUUGUCUGCUCGUGAUAUGUCCGAGAGGUCGGAAGCUGCUUCGAUCUCUAUAGGGCAGAACAUGAAAUUGAAUUAAAGAAACAGUUUUUAAUUAUCACUGUAACAUACAAUUUUAAUGUGCUUUGGUUAAUGUAAGAUAAUUGUUUUAUGCAAGAAGAAUAAAAAGAUAUAUUGAAUUGAGAAGUGGCUAUUGAAUUGUUUUGAUACUCA